AUGAACAUGUGGGAUUCAAUCUUCAAAUUCGAGGCUACAACCGGAGGAAUAUAUUGGGCUGAGAAUACACUGAUGCAAUCUCCUACGGUUGGACAGACUGUUCAAGGAUUCCAGAGCAUUGAAUCUCUUGAACAGAACGAGCAAGCAACCGAAGUAAUUGUUAAAAAGCUCCUCGCUCCGCUUCCAAAUCCAAACAGCCCCAUAAUAUGUAUAGGCGUUAACUACAGAGAUCAUGCUCGUGAAGCAAAAAUUCAAGUCCCGGAGUACCCAGUGAUGUGGUACAAACCACCAACCGCAUUAUCAAAUCCAGACGAAGGAAUUGAAGUUCCCCAAUUCCUCUUCGAUUCAUUUCUUGACUACGAGGGUGAGCUUGUGAUCGUUACUUCGAAAACAGUCAAGAACAUCGCUCCUCCCAAAGCCAAGGAGUGCAUUCUUGGGUACACAAUUGGAAAUGACUUAUCUGCAAGAGCAUACCAAAGCACAAAAGCUGGUGGUGGGCAAUACACAUACGCCAAAUCAUUCGACAAGUUCGCUCCUAUUGGGCCAGUGUUGCUUCGCCCGAAGCAAUUUGAUUUACAGUGCUGUCGUAUUGAGACUCGGGUGAACGGAAAUGUCAUGCAAUCUAGCAAGUUUGACUUCCUACAUAGUCCAGAGAAUCUCAUAAGCUUCUUGAGCAAAGGCACCACAAUCCCAGCCGGUACGGCCAUCAUGACAGGAACACCUGCUGGAGUGGGUGUCUUCAGAAAGCCUCCAUGCCAACUUAAAAGGGGAGAUGUUGUUGAAGUAGAAGUACAGCCUAUUGGUGUUCUUCGUAAUGAGAUUGUGCUUGAGGCUCAAGCCAGGACGGUUAUAUAA